ACUUCCUUAAAAAAAUCAGAUGCCGACACUGUCGAUCCACUGACACCGGUAACAGUUAGUGCGGAAAAACCCUUUUUGGCUGAUCAAUCUCAUUCAACCAAGAUGUGGACAACAAUCUGUCUUAGUUCAAUAUUUCUUCUCUAUCACAUUAUAAAUACAACAGAGUUAAAGAACGGAGCGACUUUCAACAAGCCUGAGAUAAAAUUGACUGACCCGAAAAAAGCAGAAAAGAUUGCACUAAAUAGCAGAUUUACCUUAAUGUGUUCAGUAUUAAUUCAGACAAUUCAUGGACAAUCACCUAAAAUAUUAUAUUCGUUUUAUAAAGGAGAUGCUAGGGAAUAUCUGCUAAGUAAUGUAACAUCUAACAAAGAACAAUGCAACUAUAGUGUAGAAUCUGCUAAGGCUUCCCAUUCUGGAUACUAUAUGUGUGCUGUGCGCAUAGGAAAUGAAACCAAGGAAAGCGGUACAAGAUAUAUAUCAGUUACAGGACAACUGCAGAGACCUGUACUCAAGAUAAAUCCAACACAGCUGGUUAAAGGAGACUCAUCUAACCUAACAUGUGAAGCAUCUUAUGAAAUUCCUUCUCUAAAAUUCAUAUUCUAUCAAAAUGGUGAGCGACUCGGUGACAAGAUAAUUAAGGAUAAACAAUUUGCAGUGUACAGAUUGCAGGAGGUGACACACGAUGGAGCCACAAACUACAGCUGUACUGUAGAAAGUGACGACUCAAACAGUAAAUCACCGAAGAGCGAAAUGGUCCAGAUCAUUACUCAUGUUCCAGUGUCCAAUCCAGUGCUGAACUUCAAAAACUCUUCGGUGGUACAGCUCGGAAGAAACGCGACACUGUUUUGCAAUUUAAGCAGUGGAACUCCUCCAAUCAAUUUCACAUUAUUCCUACAAUCAAAAUCCUUCUCAACAGUUACAUCCAACACGCAAGACGCUGUUUUUAACGUAUCCAUAAUUGACUUGGCACGCAGCGGGGAGUACAAAUGCAAAGCUGAUAACAGAUUCUCAAAGACAGGAAAAUACAGCAAUGGAAUCAACUUGACAGUGAUAGUUCCUGUAACCACUCCGAAACUGACGGUCAACCAAGACUCCUUAAGGAUUACAAAAGGACAAGAAGUAAUCCUGUAUUGUCAUUCAAUCAAUGGAACAUCUCCUAUCACAUAUGACUUGUUCUUGAAUAACAUAUGCCUCCAAUCCAUUACUGAGCAUCAUGGAAACCGCUCAACUUUUCAUGUGUUGAUCAAUGAAACUAAGGACAUCGGGGAGUACAAGUGCAAAGCUACCAAUUUGAAUUGCAAAUACAGCAAUGGAAUCAACUUCACAGUUGAAGACUCUCAGGCUAAUGGAUCAAACUACAACAGAGUACUUUAUGUAUUAGUAGGAAUAAUCAUCAUCACCAUCAUCAUCAUCAUCGUAUGCUAUAUAACUAAACAUCACCACAAGAAGACAGAACCUGAAGACAUAAGCAUGACACACGAUUAUUAUACUGUGCAAGAACCAGAAAGUCUCGAUGCAACCCAAUCUGUUCAAUACACAUCAGUCGUAAUAACAGUUAUAUAUUUUCAGGGAGUAAAAAUGAUUGUGAGGGGAUCUACAGUAACAUCAGACCAACAAAUAAAGUUCGCCCCAGAAGGGAUACAGAGGUCAUUUAUAGUGAAAUCAAGAAACCAGGUGCCUCUGCUGAUGGUGAUAGCUCAAGUAGUGAUGAAGAUAAUUCGGUUCAAUAUAUUCAACUUGAUAUUAAAGCUCUUUGCGGAGAACCUGCACAGAAACAAGAAAGUAUGUUUAUUUGAAAAAGAAGUGAGGGUAAAACUCUCAUAAGUCGACUUGUAUUUUAUGAAUUUUAUUGAUUUCAUUUUGAACAUCUUGGUGAACUGCUUUAAAGCAAAUGGGUGAGAUCAGAACCCAAGCCUGAACCAAAUUCCGUUCAUAGCGUUUUUCUUAUUUGGUUUGCUUUAAGAAGAGGAUAUUGUUUUAAGAACCAAUAAUAAAUUUUGUAUAUAAAGUAAGCAAGCAAUAUCUCUGGAACAAAAUAAAAAAAAAACAGGCAGAACGGUGGCUCUGUGUUACAGAAAAAUAAGACAAAGUCAGUUCUCACAAUUCCCCAAUUUGUAUGUUCCUAAUAUGAGCCAUGCCAUCAAGAUGUGUGGAAAAGCAGUAAAGAAAGACUAAGACACAUUUCCCAUGGGGUAGAUAACUGCAAGGCAAGUGUUUUGAACUUGAUCUCACUCACCUUGGAGCUGGUUGAAAAGCAGUACUGGCACCUGGGAACAGGUUGCUUGCCUGUCCUCUCAACCAUGGAAUGGAAAAAAAAUGUGCACAUAGAAAAUAACGUUAUGGGAUAUAGUACAUAGGUAGCUCGGGACAUGUGCAUGCGAUUGCCAAGAAGGCGAACUAGAUGGACCAUGGUCUUUUUUUCGUCUAACAUUUCUUAUGUUCUUACAUGACGUAGAAAGGAAUAAAAGAGCACAGAAAGCUAACUGUAAAAUAUGCGAAUAUGAACCAGAUUUUUAAUUAAAAAACAGAUUUUAUUCAGUAAUGUUAUGCCAGAUGCUUAUUGUAGUGCUUGAAGUUCAUUAGGUUUUAAUUUAGGGAAACGGUAGAGAAAAGAAGCAAAUAGACAAUGAAGAUGAUUUAGACUUCAUCAUACUUGGCUAAGAAGAUUAUUUUAUGCAAUGACUAGAAAAAAAACAAUCCUGAACCGUGAAAAACUACUAUAUCAAAACUAUGUGUAUCUCUUUAAUAAUGUUUGAAGAUUGUGUUUUUUUAAAGAUAUUGUAGUUUCUUUAAACAAAUUCCAUAAUAAAACAAAAGACUGCUUGCAGAUUAUUUCUAGAGAUGCAGAUUAUUAUAUGACUGAACUAAAUUAAGAACAAUAAGUGUGAAAG